GAAGCACUGGAACGAGACGGCGGCGGCGUGCCGAGCUCUAGCGGAGCCUACCCUCGAGGCAGUGCAGCGCGGUGAGGUACCCCGAGGCGGCGACCUCAGUCGAGGGAACGGCGGCUUCCUAGUGCGAUCAUCUGGGAGCUAGUUCAAAGUUGGGUGCUUGGUAGAUACAGGAAUAGGUGCUUGGAUUAUACUAGACAAGAGGAAAUUGGAAAAUGAGUAAGCUUGCGAAUAUGUUCUCGCUUCUUAAUCUAGAGGGUGAAGAUGAUGGAGAAGAUGAUAGAGAAGUUAACCCAACAUCUUCUACCAGCAUAGGAGAAACUGCUGCCAGCAAACCUGAUAAAAGUGUGCAAAAUGACACAGCUGUAGUAAACAGCAAUGGAGGAGAUGCUGCGCCAUCGUCUGGUGGUUACAGGAUGCCUUUGGUGUGGAUAGACUUGGAAAUGACUGGUUUGGAUAUUUCAAAAGAUCGGAUAUUGGAGAUAGCUUGCAUUAUAACGGAUGGUAAACUUACAAAACAAAUAGAGGGCCCCGACUUGGUUAUAAGUCAGAGCAAAGAUUGCUUGGAUAAUAUGGGUGAAUGGUGCAAAACCCAUCAUGCAUCUAGUGGAUUGACAGAGAGAGUACUGCAGAGUGAGAUUUCGGAGCGUGACGCAGAGAAGAAAGUGUUAGACUUCCUUAUGAGGCAUGUAGGUUCGGGCACUCCAUUAAUAGCUGGGAAUUCUGUUUACGUGGAUUUACUAUUUCUGAAGAAGUAUAUGCCACAGCUUGCAGCCAUCUUCUCUCAUGUGAUUGUUGAUGUGAGCACUAUAAUGGCUUUGUGUAUCCGGUGGUACCCUAAAGAAAGGAAACAAACUCCUAGAAAAGGAAAAAGUCACAGGGCAAUGGAUGAUAUUAAAGAAAGCAUCGCGGAACUGAAAUACUACAAAGACAACAUUUUCAAGCCACAGAAAUCUACGAAGUAGCUACAUGGAUCAUGGAUGGAGCAUAACGUAUAUCAUCCUGUAAGUUGAGUAUCGAAUAGCCAGGAUUGGAAAGGAAAUUUCGGCCCAACUUUUGGGUGCAUCACA